AUGCAACAUUUCUUGUGGAAAGCAAUUGCUGGGGCAUUAUCAACAGCGGAGAGGUUGUGCUCAAGAGGUAUUAACAUUGAUCCUAUAUGUCAACGCUGUGGUCUUGAGGAUGAAACUAUCAAUCACUUACUUUUGCAAUGUCAACAUGCCCAGACAACGUGGAGAUGUGCAGAUUAUACUGUCUUCAAUGUGCCUCAGGAUGCACUUGAAGAUAAUAUUAGGAAGAUAUUACACAUCUAUGCUGAGAGUGAAGCGUCAGAUGAGGUACGAAUUCUCCCCUUUUGGAUUACUUGGAUGUUGUGGAAAUCAAGAAAUGAAAUGCUUUUUCAGCAGAAGAUGAAUCAUCCAAAUGAAGAUGCAGUUAAAUGGCUGAAUGCUGUCUCAGAAUGGGUCUUAGCAAAUCCAGUUAAUCAUCAUUCGAGUGUUUCUCAUCGUGCAGCGUCUACUCUAUGGGAACCGCCACCUAUGGGCUUCAUCAAAUGCAAUUUUGAUAGCAGCUUUUCUCAGAAUUCACCAAUAAUGAAGGUGGGAUGGAUCCUUCGAGAUUCACGAGGAAGUUAUAUGGAAGCAGGAUGGGCCACUCUACCGCAGGUGGAAACGCCUUUACAAGCGGAAGCAUCGGGGUUCUUAUAUGUGGUUCAAAGGAUGUGGUAUAAAGGAUUACGUCAAGUAUGGUUUGAAGGGGACAACUUGGAGUUAACAAAUAUCAUUAACACGGUAAGACAGAGUGUAGAGCUGGGGAAUUUGUUAUGUGAUAUUCGUCAUUGGAUAACAAAAUUGCCACAAUGCUCUUUGGGACAUGUCAACCGGGAGAAGAACCAAGCUGCGGAUGUACUAUGUAAACAUUACUUGUCUAAUUCUGUUAAUUUGUGUAAAUUGUACGAAACACCACCUUCAUGGCUGGUAAACUAUUUGUAUUACCCUUUCACAUUUUAA